AUGACUUCGAUUUCGCUGCCUCCUACGGUACCUGGCUUGUCCCUGUUUGGCCCUGAACCUGAAAGUCCAACUCGAUCCCCCGCUGCGCACAGGAGACGCCCGUCACGCAAUCCAAAUGCUGCACAAUUGCCGAGCUUUUCCUUCAAUCCUGGUGCAGAUGAUACCAUGAAUGCAGGAGAAAUGGGGAGACGGAAUUUGCGAGGAGGCAUUGCAACAGUGGAGGCCGGCCAGCGUCCUUCUAGGCCAGCGUUACCGGAUUUCAAGUUCAAUCCAGGAGCCGAUUUACCUCCUGAGAGGAGCCCGAGUCCGACUCACCCGGUCCUACAAGAGAUGGCCUUGAAUCAACAACGUGCUGUUCGAUCUGCCAGACCUGCUCCGUUGCCCGCAUUCACCUUCAACCCAAGCGCACACCCGGCACAGGCGUCACCAAGCCCAACCAAAUUGAGCCCGGGUCAUGUCCAGCCUCCGUCGCAUCGUUCUGGUCAUCGGAGAGGGGUGAGUGAAUUCGUCGGGGGUGGAAACAACGGCCCUCAAUUGGUCAGUACGAGUCCGGAAAAGCCAGAGUAUCGCCCACAUCCUCCCGUCACAGCAACUAGGGGACAUGCGCAUCGCCGGUCUCAAGCCGUGUCCAUCUCCGACAUUGACACGUCUGAGUUGAUCAAGGCGAACGCUUUGUCCAAAGCACGGGCCGGUCCUCCACCAACCUCCCCGUCGGAGAGUGCACUGGCGUUCUCUUACCCCCGUGCUGGGCCUUCAUUGCGGCAGUCAAUGUCAAACAUUGUUCGAACUCCGCCGUCAUCUCCUCGACGUAGAGACAGCGCGCCAGGUGUUCGUCCGCGUGUGGGAUUCUCUGACCAAGUGGAUGUCAUUCCCCGACCACUGUCCUUGAUCUCAUCCGAAACUGAGGGCAGUAAUUCAACCAUUCGAGGAUGCCACUCGUUGUCAGGCAGCAUCAAUUCCAUCGCAAGCCCCACUCCACGUCCCGCCGUAGUCAUCACGUCCGGCGAAAUAUGGAGUUCGCCCGAGCGGCCACAAACAGCUGAUGCGCAGUCAACUCUAUCGCCUGGUAUGGCUUCAGCAACUCAACCGAUUUCUUUGAUCAAUCUGCCAAAACGACCGCUUUCAGCUUCUGGAUCCCCUGGAACUCUGAGCUGCAGCAGCCCUCCUAGUAAGAAGAAGUAUUUCUGGUUCAAUCAGUCAACAAUGAGCUCUCCGUCGACCACACCCCGGACUGAACACAGUGAUCCUAUGGACGUUUUUUCCUCCGAUAUGUGUCCUCAACCAUCCGUGUUAAGAGCCUUCGCUGAUCAAGGUCGACCUAAAACGUCUGCUGGAGAGCCAGGCUCCUCGUCAUCGAGGAAGCGGAAAUACCAUACCUGGACUUCUGGCAUAUUCUCGAGGAAAACCGACAGCAAACGCUCCAGCAAAGCUAAAGAGACGGAAGUACCACCAGUACCUGCUCUGGUUAGACGACCAAGUGAUCGACUCAAGGACAUCUUCGAUGCUGAUGAUACAAUCAUCCUGCGUGAACCUUCCCCAGUUGCGACGAGAGUGCGACCUCCGAUGCCCCACCCAGUACCCGCUCAGGCAUCCAUUCCUGACGAGCCUGCAGAACACAUCACGAGUCCUGUGCUUGAUUUAGACGCAGCAUUGGGCCCUUUCGGAAGUGAAGAGAAGCUUAGUCCCGGCAGAAACAACCCAUUGGAUCGCAUGGCGAAACUUCACAGCAGCGAGCGGAGAGGCAAUGUGGAUGCUUUUGGCAGUGUUCAUAGGAGGACCGAAUCAGCACCCACCAUGCCAGCUGUCAACCGAACCACCUUUGGCGUUCACCGUAUGGGGAGCAAUUCGUCACUCACUGAAGAUGUUUUCGACGAAGAGGAAGAGGACAAUUUUCUGGCUGGAGAGAACAUUGAAUCCCAGAGUCACUUGCCUGCAGAUAAUCAGAGUGACCCCAUGUCCAUCGACGCCCUUGGUACGUCGCCGCCUGCAAGAUUCAAUGGUCCCUCUCUGAAGCCAACGGAAGGUCUUGGUCUGUCCUUGGGCAAGAAUCGCGCUGACGGCGUCAUCAUUGCCGAUCUCGAGGAAGAUGUUGCUCGCGCCGAAGCUCGAUCAUCCAACUCUACCAUUGAAGCUCCUGUUUUCCCAGACUUUGAAACGCAAAAGCCGUCUACUUCUCCAAUGGUUUUGGCAUAUCCGGCGCCUCAGUCUUACUAUGCUUCCUCCACAGAAGGACGCACGACAUCUGCCUCAAUGAUUUCAUCCCCAGAUGCAGAUCACAUUUCUUUCGAAACGAUGGCCCGGCCAAACCGGACAGUUGGAGAAGCAAGCCCGGACUUUGUGCUACGGGCUUCCAUUGAUGACCUGCCAUCUCUGAGUGACAGCCUGUCAAGCGGAGUCUUGCCGAGAUUUUCCAGUAGCGCAGGCACUCGUUCUUCAACGGAUCAACGUUCUCACUCCAUGAUAGACCCAUCGACUUCAAGAUCACACAGCCAGCAGGCAUGGAAGCGAGCGAGCUUGGCCAGUCUCAAUCGUCUGAUUCCAAGUUCUUCGAACGGCAGCAAACUCAAGUUCGAGACUGUGCCUGAUCCGCUCGUGGGUGACGUCAAGGUUCGGAAGAAGAACAACAGGAUCAGUAAACUGGUGAAUUUCUGGCGAUCAAAAGACAAACCUGAGAAAUGA